GUAAAUACAACGGAAUAAAACAGCAUGGGAACAUUUUCAAGCUCAGAGUCCUCUUGUAAUCACUCGCAACAUUGUUCUUCUAGAUCCUCAAAUAACUGCAGAAUCCCCGCAAAUCCUCAGACAAGAAUGGCUCCUCAAGUGACAUAUGAACAAUUAAAAAGAAGAAUUAUGUAUCUCGAGGGAGAGAUUCAUAAAAUGGAGGGACAAUUGGAAGCAUCUGAUUUACAUAAUAGAAUGCUGUGGACAGAUGUAGAGAACUUUUAUAAAGGCAUGAGGAAAGACUCUGAGGAGUUCCAGAGGAAAAUUGAUCAGAGAAAAGUGCGGUUUAGAAAUGGAUUGAGAAAGAUUCAAGACCAGGAAAGAAUUACCAGGGAACAUGAGGAAAGGUCGUAGGAAUGGUGAAAAGUGGUUGAGUUUACUUUAGCCGAGUGAAGGAGAGAAGGUUCGGGUAGCAGAAACGAGUAGGAAAGAGGCUAGAAAGGCAAGAGAAACUUAUUACGGAUGGUGUAAAUAUGGAGAGAAGACGGAAGAGAAGCCACGAAAAGAUAUGCUUGGAUUUUUGGUGAAGGAAUUAAAUUCUUUGAAUGCAGCUAUUGGGACAUUGAAGGAUGAGAUUAUGGCGAGAAGAAUGUGAGAGGAAUCUACAGGGGAAUCUUUAGUCCUUGUACGCAGGUAAAGGGAUAUUUUGCUUUUAGAGGUUGGGAAGUCGAGAGAGUACCUAGAUUGAAACAUCAUAGAGGAUAGACUAGGAUAAUAUUGUUAUUUCAUCCAUUCA